AUGAAAAUUGAUGAAAAAGCUGGCGUGAAAAAACUGAAUGAGUUUCUAGGGACUGGAUGUAGCGAGGAGCUGUGUGAAAACAUAGCAGAGGCUUGUAGCUUCGAGAGAUUGAAGCGCUUCAAAGAGGCAAAUGCACCAGAAAAUAAAAAAGCAACGUUUCGCAAUAGACAAAUAGGAUUUUAUAGGAAAGGUGCUGUUGGCGACUGGAAGAACUGGUUCACUGAAGAUUUAAACGAAGAAUUCGAUAGGGAAUACAAGAAACACAUGGCUGGCUACAGAACGGUUUACAAAUAUACUUUAAAUUAA